GUUCCGGGCACUACGGCAGUGCAACGGCUCUUAUUCAAGGACCUGUGUGGCUGCAACUGGGGGAACCGUACUGGAUGGGGCUAUUGCGGGACAGGAUUUCUUUUGAGAGGGGCGCGGAAGACAUGGAUCGGGGCCACCGGGUCAACGCCUUGAGCGUGGUCAAAGUGCUCAGUGGUCGGUGUUGCAAGACUUCAGGCACCGAAAGCUGGUUACUGGUCCUUGUGUUGCGACGUUGUUUGGCUGAGGCAUGCACGUGUACUUCGAGCUGCAAAGAGGUUCAAAAGCAUUGUUCGGGAACAUCCGUUUGAGGACAUUUGCACGUACACCUCGCAAUCUAUUCUUUCAUGUGCCACUGUAACGUGGUGUAAUAUUUCUUGAUUGUUGGGUUUCAAUAUACUUGUUUCGUUAUUGGCGAAGCUUCGCUGUUCUCCUACAUACCAGAAUCAUGGCGGUGAGCCCACUGGAACAGGCUCUCAUCGAGACAUGGACUCUAUACGGGUUUGGAAGCAUCGCUAUUAUGCUGAGAGUUUUCUCGCGCACGAGGAUGGUCGGUAUCGCUGGUUGGCAUCCGGACGACUACCUGAUUUUCUUUGCGUGGGCAUGUUACACAGGCAUGACGGUAGCUGCUCACAUCGUAGGAGGAACCGGCGACACGUCGCAUCUCACGAUGCAAGAACGACUGUCGUUCACCCCUGAGCAAGCGGCUGCACGCCAAAGAGGCAGCCAGUGGUUCAUGGUUGGUUGGUUCACCUACAUCGGCUUGAUCUGGACUCUGAAGUUGAACAUGUUGUUUCUCUACAGACGAGUGGUCAGUGUAGUAUGGGUGAAGAUGUUCAUCGUCCCCACCAUGGUGUUCGUCGGCGUAACCGGCAUCUCUAUCUGGAUUUUGCUCGGCUCAGCAUGUCGCCCUUUUCACAAGAUAUGGCAGAUUCUUCCGGACCCAGGCAAAUACUGCAUGCCGCAGAGUCCGGCAUUUUUGGUAACCAUAUUGGUGCUAAAUCUGUUGACGGAUGUAUGCAUCAUGCUCAUCCCCAUCCCCAUCAUCAUCCCACUCAAAAUCUCGUGGGGCCGCAAGAUUGGAUUGAUGAUUAUGUUCUCCGGCGCUAUGUUCAUCAUGAUAGCAGCAAUCUUGCGGGUUUAUUUCGUCAUGGCGCUUCAGCAAGGCCAAACAGCGGCCAUCUGGUCUUGUCGAGAAGAUAUUGUCGCAAUCAUCAUCGGUCAAGCCACCAUCAUUCGUCCUCUUUUUACCCGCCGGUUCUGGAGUGGCAACUACGACAGCUCCAACUCGUACCCAUCGAACAAGCCAUCACACGGCUAUGAGUCCCACGAGCUAUCUGGCAGUGGAGGCGACGGAUCAAAGGCGUCGCGUCUGGGAUUCCGCAAGCCAAAGGACCCGUAUAACAUUAGCGUGCUCCAUACGGCGCAAGGAAAUGAGAGCCAGGAGAGGAUCGUUGGAACACAGCAAGACGCUGGUUAUGCAACUCGGGCACCAACUCAAAAUAGUGAUCACAGCGGCCGUGGUUUGGAUAUCACAGUCAAGAAGGAAGUUGACGUGUCAGUUUCGGCUGCAAAGCAAGGUUUACAGUCAUCUUGGAAGGCAGUGUGACGAGUCAAGGGGUGAUGUGCUGGCAUAAACCUUAGAAACCGGAAUCCGAGGCAUGAACAUUCCACCAACAGCAUGCCGUACCUGAAUGUACGAGCUGAAACCACGGAAUAUGGCUACAUCAUAAUGGAUGAAGACCAGAGGUCAUCAAAGGCUCCAAAGUCGAAAAGGGGAGAAUGGAAGAACAAGGGCUCAACCAAAGGAAGGUCAUCUCCAAGGACUGGACAUGAUAGGAGUUGUAGGGGUGCCUAGCUCUGUCAGGAACACUAACGAUGUUCGUCAACUUCCCUACGACGGCCACUAAUCAUGACAUUCAAUGUGAUCUUUGACAUAGUCAGCAUAUCAGAGUGGUACAAACGCUCUGUCACUAUCCGUAGUGUCUCUAAUAGCAAUACCUUGCUCUGUAGUCUCUGUCCUACUUGUUGUAUAGUUAGUGUGUAAUUCUUC